AUGGUCACAGUGUCUGAAACCACUGACUUCCAAGAAGUGUCUGAAACCACUGACUUCCAAAAAGUGUCGAAAACCACUGACUUCCAAGAAGUAUCUGAAACCACUGACUUCCAAGAAGUAUCUGAAACCACUGACUUCCAAGAAGUAUCUGAAACCACUGACUUCCAAGAAGUGUCUGAAACCACUGACUUCCAAAAAGUGUCGAAAACCACUGACUUCCAAGAAGUAUCUGAAACCACUGACUUCGAAGAAGUAUCUGAAACCACUGACUUCCAAGAAGUAUCUGAAACCACUGACUUCCAAGAAGUGUCUGAAACCACCGAAUUCCAAGAAGUGUUGAAAACCAUUGAUUUCCAAAAAGUGUCGAAAACCAUUGACUUCCAAGAAGUGUCUGAAACCAAUGACUUCCAAGAAGUGUCUGAAACCACCGACGUCCAAGAAGUGUCGAAAACCACUGACCUCCAAGAAGUGUCUGAAACCACUGACUUCCAAUAA